UCUAAGACACGACUAGACAUUUUUCGUACAGUGUAAAAGAGCUCUGCUGCUGCGGUGGCAACUCCAACAGAGAGAAAGAGAGGGAGAGCAAGCCGGGGCCCCAGCUCGAGGGAACUAAAUGCGGCAGCAACGGCAGCCUGCAAUCAGUCCAGAGCCUCCGCUCGUGCCAACCGCAUCCAACUGCAUCCAUAUCCAUAACCAUAUCCAUAUCCGUAUCCGCAUUCGUACCCUCAAUUCAAAUCGAUAUUUGUUUGUUUUUUUCUGUGUUAAAGUGCAAAUUUGCAAAAUUUUUGUUGUCAAAAAUUUGUGUUAAAAAAUAGUUUUUUUUUGUCGUUAUUUGGGUAAACAUUUAAUAAAAAUAAUAAUAACAAUUGGCCGCAGACCGCAAAUAAAACGCGUUUAAAACCCCGCGACAAGUGACUUUAUGCAGAAGCGCCGCGGCAGCCGCAACUUGAUCUUUCCGUAAAAUUAUAAACAACAAUAAACAAUACAAAAAAAAAAAAACGAACUAUAUAAACUGCUCAAAUAUUUGCCAACUUGCCAACUUGUGCCGUUGUCUCAGCGAUCAUCUCCGUCUCGAGUUACGAAAGCCCCCCGAAGGCGACGUCUCUGAUAAGAAGCAGAAAAAAAACACCCAGCAGCCGCAGUCGCAGCAGCAGUCUCUUUUGCCAUGGAAGUGGAAUGCGAUUUGGGUGAUAUUCAGAAUGAGGAAUUGUUGAGAAAAAUGUGGCAGCAAUCGGAGGACAGCGAACGCAAAAAGCAAAUCCGAUCGCAUCUCUACAAGCUGCGCGAGUCGCGACUUUGCAAUCUCUAUAGGCACGAACCGGAUCAUACUAACGCGACCAUGUCGGAAACACCUAAUGGCAAUGGAACCCUGGCCGGGUAUGGUGCCAAGGGUCCACUGGCCUCCAGUCAUGGGGAUGCUCUACUCGAUCAGAACUUCCAGAGUCUCAAGUCGAAGGAGGUACGGGAUUCGACCAGUCCCACUCAUGAGCUGCGGUUCCAUUCGAUGACCCUGACGCAACCGAAUACCACCGGCUGGGAUGUCCAGACCUCCUCGGAAGUUAGUCCCGAUGGCAGGGCCUAUCGCACCGAAACUCUGGCCAAGACAGAUGGUGUGGAGAAGCUCAAUGGCGGUGGCCUGGCCGAGUUCAAGGGCAGAAACGAACAGCGAUCGAGCGCCUCGCAUCAGGGCGAUGACAAAAACUUUGUGAAGCAGGCCUCGGAGAGCUCCAAGACCCAGCUGCAGGAGAAGGUGGUCUUUGGCGAUGAGAGCAGCGGUCGCACCGAAAUGAAGAUGAGCUCUACAUCCACCUCGUCCUCCUCAAAGGUGGUAUCUUCCUCCUCAACUGUGGAAUAUGGUGAUGAGCCGCGCUAUCUGCUCGAUGGGCAGGAGAAGCCCCAGCAGCAGCAACAGCAGCAGCAGCUGCACCAGCGUGAGUGGGAGGAUCAGAGGCGUCAGCAGGAGCAGCGUUACCAGGAGCAGCUACAGCGUCAGGAGCAACAGAUACGCCAAGAGCAGAUCCAACGCCAAGAGCAGAUCCAACGCCAAGAGCAACUGCAGCGCCAAGAGCAACUGCAGCGCCAAGAAGAGCGCUUCUCGGAGAGCCGCGAGCAGAGCAACACCACCCGGAAUGUGCAGACCCAGCAGCAUUACGAGGAGAACAAGCGCUAUGUGGACAUGGAUAAGGCAUCGCCGGAAUAUCAGCAGCAUGUCCAGCAUCUAAUGUCGCAGCCCGGCGAGAUUAUAUCCAAUACGGUGGAGUAUCCAAAGCCGAAUGUCAAGAUGAUCACCACGGUCAAGCGGCUGCCCGAUGGCACCAUUGUCAAGAACAAGCGCUACGAGACGGAGCAGCUGACUCCCAGUCAAAGUCAGACCACUCACAAUCAGACCCAUAACCAGAAUCAAGUCCACAAUCAGCGACGUGUCCAGCAGGAUGUCCAGGAUCACAGCCAGUUGCGCGAUGUGGUGGACAAUGUGGAGCAGCAGCAGGAGCAGCAUGUGACUCAGUCACAGCAGAGCUCUUUCUCCUCGGUCAAGAAGUCCAGCCGUCGUUUCUCCACGGAAACCACUUCAGAGACUGUCGAAGAGUAUGAUGAUCGUGGUCAGCCCUUGCCCCGAGUCCAGCAGAAGGCUCCAACACAGACUCAGGCACCUUCUCACCAUGCCCCAUCUCCCACAUCCCGCCAGUCACCGGGUAGGGACUUUAGCACCCAUGGCUUCCCAUCGGUGCGUCCGAACAAGCCCACCCAGGAGUAUCCCUCCCAGAGACCCACCACCGAGGAAGUGGUGGUCGUGCGUUCUGAGAAGAGUCGCCAGGUGAAGCAGCAUCAUACCACCAGCACUGAAACAGAGGUCCUGGGCGAUGACUACCAUCCACAGACCCAAUCUACUCCUCAAAAGCUGAGGGAGGCGCCUUCGCCCAACUUCAGUACCCAUGGCUUUCCGUCUGUACGCUCAACUCCGCGUGCAGAUCAGCCCGAUGGUGAGGUGCCAAUGACCACCAGGACAGUCUCUCACAAUCAGAGCGCAAAUCGUAAGACCAACACGGAGCGUAUCAUUGAGACGCAGGUGGAGCAACCGGGCUCACCCCGUACCGUAAGUCCACGUCGAUCUCAGCCACGCGAGGAGGCAGGACCAGCUCCCACCCGCGGACCGGCUGGAAAGCCCAGUCACACUCGGCCAAGCACCAACUCUGGACCUAGUCCAACCACCAAGACAACCGAGACGGUGACGGUGACCCGUAGGCAGCUCCAAAAGGAGCGUGAAGUGGAUGCUGCCCAUCGGGCCUUUGCCGCCUCGCUGCGUAGCAGUUCGCCAGCGGAGAGUACCACAUCGGUGGGAUCCCAUCAUCAGCCGUCCCAUCAUCAGACACCGCGUUCGAGCAUCUCCUCGAAUCGUACCUAUCGACGAGAGAUGCGUGAGGGCUCCCACGAGAGCCAGGCGCCGUCGGAAACAAGCAGGAUUAGCUCUAGCACGGUGACCAGGCAUACGACAGGAGGAACCACUACUAGCACCACCACAAAGACGAGCAAGAAGCCAAGUCCAGUGGUGAGCCGAGGUCCCAGCGAGCCCAGGUCGCCAACACCGAAGGCGGGAGGACGUCACAGCGAGCCAAGAUCGCCCACACCAAAGGCAGGAGGAGCUACAGUGACAACCACAACGACUACGACCACAAGCAGUACCAUUAAGGGAGGUCCAGUGCCAGCUCAAGCUCCAGUUUCACCAGCACCGGCUCCUGCUUCUCCAGCACCAGCACCAGCUCCAGCCAGUCCUGCUCCAGAUAACAAGCUAUCACAGUAUACGUAUACUACCACUAAGCCUGGCGAUAUAUUCUCUCUGCCACCAACUACUCCUCCUACUAUUAACAACGAACCAACACUAACCACCACCACCACCACCAACAAGACAACAACAACAACCACCAACAAAAACCAAGAACCAGCGAAAUCCGUAACAGAAACUAUAGCCGAUACCGAUACCCAGCCGAUCCGCAAGCUCCAGGUGAGCGCCAAUGAGGCAAAGGCGGCGUCGGUGGUGGCGGAGGAGGCGCCCUGUGUCCGUCGUCAUUAUUACCAGCUGGGCCAAGAGGGGGAAGAAGAAGCCCCAAUCGCCGAGUUGGCAGACGGGAGCUCUGGGAUGACCCCUGCCAGCAAGAAGCCGUAUCCGCAAUUGAGAAGGCAGUCCCAGGACGAACCGGAACCUCAGCUAAAACGCAGCUCCAAAUCGCCAGGCGUUCAGAGAGAGACAACCUUCGAGGGUCGUCGUGUCUCCCAGCCGGUAGAGGAGGAUCUGGAUAAGCUGGCUAUCGAGGAGCUGAUCAUUAUCGAGCAGGUUAACGGGGCUCCACGAGCUGAGCCAUCGGUCAGAGCUACUAGUCCCGAGAAGGGUCCUAGGGCCACGCCCAGACAGAGCCCAGAGAAGGAGCAACCGAGCUUCAAGCCAACGCGUGUCCAGCCUCAAGUUUCGCCACGUCAAAGUCCUGAGAAGCAAUUACCCAGGACUCAGACACCUGGCGUAGGUCAACCUGUUGGUGUCCCCUUGCGUCAGAGCCCCGAGAAGCAAGUGCCACGAGCUCAAAGUCCCGAAAAGGGACCUCAACCACGUGUUUCACCACGGCAAAGUCCUGAAAACCAACAGCCGAUGAAGCCCCGUCAGAGUCCCGAAAGGGAGCAUCGAACAGAGGACGACAUUUUCCGUAGCACCAUUACCAAAACCGAAAAACGAACUACCUAUAAUCUUAACGAAGAAUUCCUAACGAACGAACGAGAUCAUCAGACGACUAACGAUAAGGAACCCCAAGCUCCUAAAGAACCAAACGAUGAAGCGCCCACAUCAAAGCCGCUGGAGACCAUUGAGAGUCCAGAUGGUGGUUUCCUGUCCAAGGGAAACGAUGUCGAGUCAGAACCUGAGGAGAACAAGUCGCCUACGUACCGCAAAAAAGGCUUAACACGUCGCGAGACCUUCGAGGAUCGUUGUCGCAAAAUCUUGGGCAUGGAGGAAGAUGGAGACACACAGGGAAACUUUACUCAACGACCAGAGAAUGAACAUGAUGAUGAUGACGAGGAUGACAAAAAGAAUAUCACCCAGACCACCACCAUUGAGACUAUCGAGGUAAAGAUCGAAGAUUGUCCCGAUGACGAUGACGAUGAUCAACCACGUCGUGUCACGGAGACAUUUGUGGUUCGUACUCAGCCCAAGAUUAUGGUGGAUGAAGAGCUACUGGUGGAUGUGACCGAGUCUGAGGAAGUGGAAGUUCUAACCAAGGAAGUUGAGCGUCCUAAAUAUCCCAAUGAGCAGGAGGGCCCUAAAAGUCCAAAGAAGGAGUCAGUUUCCAAGAAUGAAGAACCCAGCAGGUAUCCGACUAAGCCAGAGGGUUCCAGAUAUCCCAAGGCACAGGAGACCCCAAAAUAUCCCAAGGAUUAUAAGACUCCCAGCUUCCCGAAGGAUCAAGAAGGUCCAAGGUAUCCCAAGGAGCCAGAGCAGAAAAGCCCCCAAAAUCCCAAGGAGGACGCGGAGACAAUUAAUAUCAAUGAGGAGACCACUAUUGUCAUAACCAAGGAAGCCGGCUCCAAGUCUCCCACCCCCACCUGGUCACCAUCCCCUGAACGCCGAAUUCCUAAGAAGUCAACGUCACCAACAUCCGCGGUUGAAUCACCCUCUAGUUCUCCCUCCUUUGGCAGGAAGGCUCCCGUCAAGCCGGAGACGAGUUUCGUCACCGAAAAAAUCAUCGAUUGUCAGGGUAAAACCGUUGUCGAGAAGAUCACUCAGAGGACGCGAUCGCCAAGUCCUAGCACAGUCAAGAAGGUUCCUAAGCCCACACAAAAAGUACCAGAAAAGCAGCCCGAGACUGAAUCCGAACCAGAAAAGGAUUCAGAACCGGAGAUAAAGAAGAAAACAAGUGUGAGCAGCAUCACGAAAACCGAAACUGAGCGUCGGAAUUCGCGUACGACAAAGGGAAAGCAGCCCGUGGCAACCAAGGAACCCCGAUCGAAAGUACCAGCUCCGAAGGCUCCUCGCAAGGAUUCCCUAACUGGUCACAAGCGGGACAGUGUAGUGGAAGAGACUCGCACUUCCACUACGACCACAACAACUAGACAGGGUCGUAAGCCUACCGAUACCAACGGUACUACACUAUCCCCAUCAUCCAUCAAGGAUCGCCUACGUUCUUCGCCGCGCAAGCAGAAGACUACACCCCAGCCGCCUCGAACUCCCACUCCAGCACAGUCUCGUGGCCCCGAGGAUAAUGUAGAUGGUGAUUCCACUUCGCCAGAUGCUAGUCCUUCGCGGGUAAGCAACGAACGCCGACGUUCGAGCAACAUUUCCGUGCACACGGAAAUCAUUAUCGAUCACACGGCUCCCAAAUCGCCGAGGACCGAAAGGCGGCCCCAACAGCCAACAGCCACGGCUCCCAGUCCCAUAAGAAAACUUCCGGUAACAGAGCGCAAGGAGUCCGCACCUGUGCCUCGGGUCACCCGACGCGAUAAGACCGAAAAGGUUACUCGUUCCACCAGCGAAAAUAUAAUCAAGGUGAGCAGCGGAGGCACAAAGCCUCACCAUCCCGAGAUGAGUAGCCUGAAGCCCGGUGGGGAGAGGAUUAGACCUAGCAAGUGCUGCACCACCAAGACGAUCAAUCUCAGCGAGCAACGCAUUCACACAAACACCGAUAUCGAGGGAGUAAUCAUCGAUAUUCAGCAGGCGAAGAGCUCGAGGGAACCGUCACCGGAUCGCAUUGUGCCCACCCCAGUGCCUGCGGAAUUGGAGACUGGCAAGCCACGUUACCCGGAUGUUGUGCAGGAGCCAGAUGAUGAGCCUCGUCGCAAGCCACAGGUCACAAAUAUCCCCAUUUUCGAGGAGGAGUCUCAGGCGUAUGUGGGAUGUCAAAUAUCCGAAUUGCGUAGCUCUAAUGGUUUAGAGGUGGACAUUCUGGACAAUCCCACUGUGGAGGCACCCAAGAGUCUGGAUUAUCCGGUAAAUACACCCGAUACGGAUGAAAGCCUAUUGAGUGUCCACGAGAAGGUUUCUCGAUUCACUCACUCCGCCGAAAAGGUAAAGCAGCCGAGAGCUUCAGUUCCAUUUAGCCGGGAGUUCGAUACAAACUCUAAGAUACCGGAGAACGACGACUGUUUGCUGAGCAUCAAUCAAAAGGUGGACAAGUUUUUGCGCACGGCCGAGAACGUUACCAGGCCGGCGUCACUCUCUCCUCGACCGGAAAUAGAAAGACCAAAUCUGGAGGAGAUUGACGAGGAGCUUCUUAGGGACGAUUGCAUCCUAAGCGUGUCCCAGAAGGUGAGCAAAUUUAUCGAUACAGCCGAGAAAUUGGCACCGACCGUGCCACAGAAAUCGCCGCGUCUGGUUGCCAACAUCGAACGUCACAUUUCAAGGCAGAGCGAGCCAGAGCGGGAUCUGGAUGAGGAAUCGGAACCAGAGCUGGAGCGGGAGACAGAUCAGGAGGAUGGCCAGACUAGCCAGCUGGAGGAGGAGGAGGAAAUCAGCCGAACGGUAACCAGAAAGGAGACCAUUAGGGAAGUCAGGCAGCAGGAGACUAGAGAGACAACCCGACGGGACUCCAAAGGAGAACCUGAAAAGGCUUCCAAGAAGGUACCACAAAAAGAAACCCAAGUGAAGCCGAAAGAGGAAAGGACUAAGGAGCCCAAGUAUCCGGCCAACUUGCCCCAAAAAGUGUCACAGCAACCUCAAAGGGUUAUCAGCCAAAAGGAGCCGAAGGAGCCUAAGCCAACUGCAGCUCCAACCAAGUCCAAAGGUGAGCCGGAAAGGUUACCCAAAAGGGAGCCCAAGCUCACACAAAAGGAACCCGAACGGCUGACCAAAAAGACACCAGAGAAGGAACCGCGCAAAGAUUCCCUAAAGCAACCUGAGGAAGAGUUCGAACUUUCACCUGAAGAUGAAGAAGAAUUCGGCGACGAGCCUUUGCCCAUGACCAAGACGCACACCACAACCAUAGAACUGAAGCGUCAGAAGGACAUUCUCAGUCGUCCUUCGGUAUUUAAUCAACGCACACCAGAACGCAGGCCGCCGUCGUCACCAACCAAGAUGAAUGGAAGCCGAGGCCGACCAAGUCCAAGCACCAGUUUAAUUACCGAGGAAAAAAAAUCGUACAGAAAUCAGGUGACCAAUGUUAAUAAGCCGGGACCUAGGAAGACCUCUACUCCUUCGGUUACUCCCUCUGCCCAAUCCCCGUCGACAGCAAAGACCACCAGCAGUUCCAAGCGCAUGGAGCACAUUACCCAACAACAAUGGGUAGUCCAAGAUGUGGAUGUAGACGUAGAAGAAGUGGGACCUGCACCUCCCACCCAUACAACCGAGAAACCACAAAGAACCAGCAAAUCUCCAACACCAUCGUCACGAUCGCCAUCGCAAUCUCCCUCCCGAUCGCCCAGUAGACGAACCACCUCCAACAACUUGACCACGACAACCACCACCACCACCACUGAGCACCGUCACCUGCACCCGAGCACUCCCACCACUACCAAGACAACUGGCCCCAAACCGACCUCGACUCUGACUAACCCAACCAAAGCCGAACCCGAAAUCACACCCAUUGAAUCUGUUACAGAGAAAAGCACUACCAUCAUUACCACCACGACGAGCACCACAGGACGUAAUGUGGCCAACCGCAGAAAUGUGUUUGAACCAGCACAGGAAUCUCCUACGGGAGAGUCCGAGCAACCCGCCGGACGUCGUCCCUCGUACAUGGACCACACAAAGAGCUCACUGGAGCAUAUCCGUCGUGAUUCCCUGGAGAUUAAUAAGAGCCACUAUUCGAGAAAGUCAUCCGUGGAAGAUGAUUCCCCUAUGGAACCACGAAAUCCCAACACCGCUGUAAAGUUUGAUGUGCCCCGAAAGACACCAACGCGAGGCGGGGAAGAGCCAAGAAAGACAUCUCUAAAGGGUAAAGAUGAUGAAUCCGAUUUAGACGUAGAAAUCGAGGAAAUCUUCGAUCUGCAGCGACUGGAGCAACUACUGGAGACAGUGGCCAGUUACGAGAUGCGUCGCCGGAUACGCGCCCAGAUGCGUCUGAUACGCAAGAACAUGAUCAAUGCGGGGACUACAACCAGUAGCCACACCAUUACCACCACAACAUCAACCAGUUCGGGCAAGAGUUCGCCACUUCCCAAGAAGCGUGAGCCGAGUCCUUUGGCCAGUCCGGAAACAAAGACGACCAGCAGUAGCCUGAAGGAAGUGCGCACCAGUACGAGUCGCCGGCAGCAGCGGGUGGAGCAGGUGGACAGCAAAACGUCUUCACAGGGAAAGACUUCCCCCUAUGGCAAGCCGCCAGUGAAGCCCAGGGAAAGGAGCGCCAGUCCGGCUCAAAAACGUCGUAUUAGUCCGCCUGGCAAGUCAUCUCCGGCUACCACCAAGGUCACCACAAUUACCACAACCACAUCCUCUCGUGGAACGCCAUUAAAGUCAACACAAGGACCCAUUUGGGCUGAUCGUUCCAAGGUGCUUAAGGGUCACGCCGCGGUUCCCCAGACAAAUGGCAACAGCACAACCCCACGCAAGGGAUCCACUUCCAGCACGACCUCAUGCAGUGGCAAGGUCACGCGCACAAUGACCAGUUCCAGUACCAUCACCAGCUCCAGUAGUAGUAGCACAAACAAGCGCAACAAGCCACGCGAGGAGGAUUCCAUUACCUCCAGUUACGGCGUGGGACCCACCGAUGAAAACGGACUGCCGCUCUUCGGGAUUCGUGCGCUCAAGAAGAAGACGACGCCACCGGUGACGACGACGGUACAGGAACCCUGUGAGACCAAGCAAGAAGUCACAGGCUAUGUGAUCGAGGAGCAGUUCUACUCGGAUAACAAGUCCCCACCGCGUCACGAGCGUAAGGAGCUGAUCUACUCGAGCAAUGCCGAUGAGCUGGCUGCCAUCAAGCAACAGCUUCAGCAGGAGGACGAGAAGGACUACACACCGCCGGAACUGGACUCCAGGGUGGUGAGAGAAUUCAAGAAGGUGGAGGCCCAGUCGCAAUCGCUGCCCGAAGAUGCCAGAUAUGUGCGUCGCGGUUCGGUGAAGGAGCUUAGCGAGAAGUUCAUACGCAAGGAAUCCUCCUCCUCCACCCACUCGACAACCGUCCAGUCGUUGGCCAGGAACGAGGAUGAGACCGAGGAGGAUAGCGAGUCCAAUGAGGUGUGCAGCGUGAUUGAGGCACCACCACAGAUGCGUCAGAAUCAGAGUCAUGUCACCAGCAGCAGCACCACAAGGUCCAGUAACACACGAUCCUUCCUCAACAGCAGUGCUGAUCAGCGUCAGGUGACCAGCGUGGAUGAUGUCCUUGAGAGGAUGCGCAAUGCGGAUAAUGUUGAGGAGCCCGGUGACAGCAGCGAGGAUCGCGAGGCUCGGGCCUUGCUCAACAAAUUCCUGGGGGCCAGUGUGAUCAUGCAGGGAGUGGAGAGCAUGCUGCCACCCACGGCCACAGGUCAACGUUUAAACACUCAAGGGGUGAAGACCACGCGGAUAACCCAUAACUAUAGCAAGUCCGGCAAUAACAGCUCCAGUACCUCCAGUACUGAGGUCAGCAGCUCCUCAGCACCAGUUACACGCACAACUUGUGACAUCGAGGAGAUUUGGGACGAGCAGGUCCUAAAGCAAUUGCUGGAACAGGCGUCCACCUACGAGGAGCGUCGCAAAAUCCGUGCACGUCUACGCGAACUUAUGGCGGAACGCGAAGAUCAAAAAAGCUCGAAGCAGGAGAAGGAGGAGGAGGAGAGCAGCGCCAGCGAGUAUGAGGAGAUCAUCGAGGAGGUAACCGACUACAGCGACGAGGAGGAAGAGGAGCAACCGCCCAAGAAGGAGGAGCCCAAAAAGGAGGUGGCCAAGAAAGUGGUGACCCCAAAGGAGGUGACCACUAGCACCACCAAAAAAGAGGUUACCCAAAAGGCUGAGAAGAAGGAAACUGCCACCGCCACAGCCACCUCCACCAAGUCCACUAAAGUCGUCGAGAGUGUUGGCAAAAAGUUGGCCAAAGUUGAACUGGCCAGUAGCUCCGCCUCCACCUCCAGCACCACCACAGACGGUGUUGUCCAGGUGCAGGGUGAGUCUCUGCCUGCAGCACCGACCAAAUCAGGACCAGCAGCAGCAGCAACAGCAACGAGCAGCAGUAGCUUAGGUAGUAGGAAACGCAGUAGUCUUAGCAGUAGCCAGGUUAGCACAGUGGUUAGGGUCAGGGACAAAGCCAACAGCACAGAGACAAUGCCAGUCACGACGGGAUCAUCGCCAUCACCAUCAUCACCCUCCGCUCCGGGAACGGCAACGACAGCCCGGCUUAGUGUUCCCUCGAAAGAGGACUCUGGCACGGAAAGCGGCGAGGAUUUGCGCCUGCUGGCUGCUGGAUUGCGGGACACCCUGCAGCAGCGCAGCAGCGGUAGUGAUGCCAGUGAAGCCAAUCGUAGUCUCGUCGAGGAAGUGACCGAUGCCUUAAGCCGCCUGGAGAGCAGCCUGAAGCAGGGCAAAGAGCUGGCCGUCGACGGUGGCCAGCGGCAGGCAUUGCUCGGCCUAGUGGCCCGCCUCCAGAGUGGACUCAGUGCGCCAGAGAAAUUGGCCGACCAGAAGCCCACGUCCCAGGCCGAAGAAGUCGAUCCAACGGCGGAUAGUCCAGAGCCAGCGGAAUCGUCCGACUGCCGGCAAUCGCGUUUCGCCAAGCGACGUCAACGGAACAGUCGCCACACAGUGGGCGUGAGCAGAGAGGAACUGGCCGAUGCCAGGCGCUAUAUGGAGGAUAUGCUGAUGCUGGAGGGCAAGGAGUUUGCCCUGGCCAAGACGCCCAGCUCUGGGGCGGUAGGGCCAGCGCAACUCUACAGACCCAAUCAGUUUGUGGCGGCACAACAGCAGCUGCAGCACCAGCAACAGGCACAGCCACAGCCAGAAUCCCCCAAGGUUAUACCAGCCGUAAGUCCCCUACAAAGUCCAUCACAGCUUAGGCCCAAUCCAACCAACAGGCGACCCCUGUCCGGGGAUUAUGCCGUAAGCUUUGCCAGCUAUGAGGCAGCACAAAACUCGCAGAACUCGAGUCCCGAGGGAACUGGAACGUCGCCCAACUCGAACUCGCAAUCCAACUCGAACUCGAAUUCUAGCUCCAAUUCCAGUCGCUUUGGCGGCGGCAAGAGGCACAUGAUGAAGCGAGCCAAUACCAUUGAUAUACCGAAGGCUAAGGCCAAGUAUAUGGCGGAUUGUGACUCGGACUCGGAUCUUGAGGAUGAUCAGGGUCCCCAUUUGGGUCUCAAGCGGGCCGUCCAGGUGAGCGUCAAGCGACGCGUUCACAACGCUGUUCCGCCAUUUGAACCGAAAACGGAGAACGAUCACAAGUUUUUGGCGUUUAUUAACAAGCAGAGUCACCAGACCGGUCUGGGUUGGGGCGGCAGUGGUGGCCGGAGUGUGUCCAACUGGACGCACAAGUUUGGCAACAUUAAGCAUACCUUUGAGACGGGUGCCGCGGCAACGGUGACCAAGGGUAAGCCACCGCCAGUGCCGGGUCAUGUGCCCGGUUGGGCCAAGCAGGAGCAGAUGCAUCAUCAGCAAUUGCAACGAGAGCAGAUGCAGCGAGAGCAAAUGCAGCGAGAGCAGUAUCAGCGAGAGCAGUAUCAGCGAGAGCAGAGGCAGAGGGAACAGAGAGAACAAAGGGACUUUAAGCAGAGGGAUCAAAUCCAGCGAGAGCAGAACCAAAGAGAGCUUUCCAAACGUGAGCAAUCCCAGCGAGAGCAACUCCAGCGAGAGCAAUUGCAGCGCGAGCAGUUGCACCGUGAAAAGCUUCAGCGAGAACAGCUACAACGCGAGCAACUCCAGCGAGAACAGUUGCAACGCGAGCAACUCCAGCGAGAACAGUUGCAACGCGAGCAGCUUCAGCGAGAGCAACUCCAGCGAGAACAGUUGCAACUGCAACAGCAACAACAGGCCGCCGCCGCUGUACAAAUCGAGCGGCAACGUCGCCAGGAACUGGAACGUCAACUGCGAAUCGAGCAGGAAGCGCGCUACGAGCGAGAGGAACGCACUCGCCUGGAGCGGGAGUAUUACGAGCAGCAACUGCAGCGUCAGCAGCAGGAGCGUCAGCAGCAGCUGGAUCGACAGCGCCAGCAGCAAGAGCAACUCGAGCGUCAGCGUCGGCAGGAGAUGGAGCUGCGACUGCAGCAGCAACGUGAACAGGCGGCCCAGGUCAACAACUUUAUACAUGCCCCACAGUCCGUCUUCCGGCCCAUUGAGCAUGAGACUCCCAGCCAGCCGGGCAUCUACAAACCCAUUGCCCAGAAAUCUCAACCGAAUCCGGCCAUUUGGAAGCCACCAACGCAGCAGCAGCAGCAGCAGUUGCAAGCGCCACAAUCGCAGCAACAUUUGCAGGCCAGAUCCGCAGGCACAUCCUACAGCAAUACACCCUCUCCCUCAUCCACGGCGGCCACAUCACCCAUCGGCCUGCCCUGGGUGGCCAAGCCCAAGGUGGACAAUAGCGAUUUCCGUCGGAAGGCACACCACUUUGAAGAGCGCUCCCUGAGAGACAAUUUAGAGCAGCAGCAGCAGCAGCAACAACAGGGACCCUCAUAUCAUCCCAAUGGCAAUCAUGUCUAUCUGCAGCGACACAACUCCCUGCGUUCCAAGGCAGCACCACCGGCGUUGAGUGAGUUUAAAAAGCGGCCAUCCCUGCCCAAUGCCAUGGACCCUGGGGUGGCACCAUCCCAUCCGCCCCAUCAUCAGCAGGCUUAUCAGGCUCCACCGCCGCCCACGAAUAUCUCCUUUACCUAUGCCGAUUUUCCACCAGUUAGGCGACAUGCCGGCGCCAGUGCCCAUAAUUAUCGUAGUCAGCCGUGUCUGACGAGUGCCGUGGAGCAGGCCGAGGCACUGACCAAUCCCCUGGCAGCUCCUUUGGUUCUAACCAGCUCCAAUCCCACCUACCUGCCGCCGCCGUCGUCUCAGUCGCAGCCGACGAGGAGAUUCGAUUACAUUAGCAGUCCCAUAGAUGUGGAUGCCGAGAGUCCGCCGAAUAGUCCCACCAGCUUUAUGACCAUGCCAAAUCCCGCUUUGAUGACGGACAACACGGACGAUGAUCUCGAUUUGGAUUCGGACAACAAUAUGCUAGAAUAUCGUGCCGAAACCAAGGUGAUGAGGAAGCCACGCAGCCAGACUGCAGUAAGAGUGGCGGAUCGUAGGAAUGCCCAUAUGAGCGAUGAUGAGGUCUAUGGUCGGAACUCGAGGGCGGCCAAGUCGUUGCUAUACACCAUGAAGCAGCUGGGACCGGGAGCUCCAAUUAGCGGUGGAGGAGCAGGAGGAGGAGGAAGCGGUUCUAACCACCAUCAUCACAAGAGGCAACCUUUGACGGCUCCGAGUUCUCCAAAAUCGGGUUGCUUGUCACCCGAUGGACGUCAAUAUCAGGCUCCGCUUGUGGAACCACUUUUCCCGCAACUAAGCACCUUUGAGGCCAAGCGGCAACCGCAGUUUACACCGAAUACGCCACCGGCAGGGCCACCACCGAUGAAUUAUCAGGCGAAUCCCACCUAUACGCCGCCCAGGACUCAGACCCAGAGUCAGGUUCAGGAUAAUGCUAGCUCUUAUUUGGGUGAGACUCAAACCUCGUAUGUGGUGACCUAUCCUGUGGAGGAUUCGGGCGACGAACCCGAACCCGAGUCUUUGGCCAUGUCGUUGAGUCACCAGCAGCAGCGUUUGCGCCGCACCUCGGAGCACUCGAAUGCCAGCUCCUCGCUAUCACUGGGCAGCACUAGCUGGACAGCAAAUCCAGUACAUAAUACGGUUACCGGAUCGGUUGCUGUCUCUGUACCUGUAAUUUCCACAGGACCACCAGUGGAUCGUAGCACAAAGCCACAGUUAAGUCAACCAACGGGCAAGAAGGUGGGAAAUCAAGGGCCUCAACAGGUGCCUCAUCAGUCUCAGCAGGUGCCUCAGCAGUCUCAGCAGGUUCCUCAACAGCCUCAGCCAGUGCCUCAUGGAAUACCUCACCCGAAAUCUCACGAAAUACCUCACUUACCACAGCAAGUGCCUCAAGGAAUGCCUCACCAAAGGCCUCAGCAGUUACCCCAACAGUUACCAAAACAAUUACCCCAACAACUACCCCAACAGUUACAGCAACAGCUACCCCAACAACUACUCCAACAGGCACCUCUAACCACCAACAACAACAGGCCCAAGUUAAGCACUCGAAGCCAUACCAUUCAAGGUGACAACAGCUAUGAGAAUCGUCCUCUACAGAAUCGUAUAAUGUCACAGCAAACCCUCAUCACCAGUAACUCCAACUCUACACAGAAGUUCCAACAGCAGAAGGAGCACAUAAGCGAACUGCGUCGCAAGAGCCUAGGCAAUGUCCUGGAGAGCAGCCAGCGUAGUGCCUACUUUGAGCAAGAGUACAAGUCCUCGGCGCCUUCAGACACACCUGACAUAGUCAAGUCUUCGCUGCCCAAGGAAGAUGCGCCGCUUCUUAAGAAAUUUGGACCACCUCAGCGUCAUCAUUAUGUGCCCAAUGCGUAUCAGAGUCCGCAGCUGAACAAGCAGGGGGGCAGCAGUAGUAGCACCACUAUAACCAGUAGUACCUCCAGCACAACCACCGUGGUCCAACAGCAGAACAAGCCCAGUAUAGUGGAAACCCCGGCAACGCCACAGCCUCAAGUGCCACCCGAGGACGAGAUACCCCACAAUAUAGUCUUUAACAACGUAAGCGCCUUUACCUCGCUAAGCAGAAGGAAUCUCACCGAAGAGGAUCACCAUCAACAGCAGCACGGAUCACGGGUUAACCGAUUAAGUAAAUGCGAUUCCUGGAAUCAAAUCUGUCAGCUGCAGACCAGUCCCAAUCCCAGUGCCAAGUAUAAUCAACCCAAUGCCGCCAGCAGCUCUUCGCCCGGCGAACUGAGACGCACCAAGUCCGGCCAUUCGCUGGCCGUGCCCAAGCUGUACGAGGCGGGCAUAGACAAGUCCCAGGUUAGCGAGAAGCAACGCACCGUGGCGGCCUAUUUCUCGGGACAAAAGUCACCCAACCAAAUGGAGGAGCUGCGUUCCACAACCACAUCCAUAACGAGUAGAAAGUCUGCGAUAAAUCGAACCAAAACCAGCGAGAAACUAUCGGCAGCGGCACGUAAAUCGCUAAGUUCCCUGACGACCACCUCCAAUGGCAACAUGUCAUCGGUGGGACUGGGCAGUAGUAGUAGUAGCAUGAUGCAGCAGCAGCAGCAUCAAUCCUCCUCGAUGAUGAUGGGCGGUGGCCUCAGCCGGAGUGCCACCAUGCCGCACAUAGCCAAUCUGAAUUUGCUGGACGAGAGCAAUGUGGAGGAUGCCUUCGAGCAGCUAAUGAUGGCAGCAGCUGCCCAGCAGAAGAGCUCCACGACCAGCGAACAGCGAACGGAAACCAAGUCCAAGGAUGGCGGUGCCACUGUGACCACAACAACCACAAAGGUCACCACUCGCACUGUUAGCGGCAACGCCGCCUCCAAAAACAUCUCGCCCUUGGCCAAAUUCAAGCAACUGGACAAGCAGGCAGCUGCCCAGCAGGCCCAAAAAUCAUCUCCAACAACAAGCACACCCACGACCCCCGGCGGUUCGGCACAACCGUAUUUCAAAUUUACCGAUCCGGCAUUAAAUGCGCGCGCCGCCACUGUCAAGGAUCAACUUCUGCAGUGGUGUCAGCAUAAAACGCAGGAAUAUGAGAACGUCCAAAUAAGCAACUUUAGCUCGAGCUGGUCAGACGGCCUGGCCUUUUGUGCGCUGAUACACCAUUUCUUGCCAGAUGCAUUUGAUUACACAAAACUAACCAAGCAGACGCGCCGACACAACUUUGAGCUGGCCUUCAGCGUUGCUGAUGAGAAGGCUGGCAUAGCACCCUUGCUGGACGUGGAGGACAUGGUGGAGAUGAGUCGCCCCGACUGGAAGUGUGUGUUUGUCUACGUGCAGAGCAUAUAUCGCCGGUUCCGCAACUGCCAGUAGUAUCUGGCUAUAUAUACUUUAUAUAUUAGAUCCCAUCAAGCUAAAGUCCAAGUCAACUCAACAGCAGCAGUAACUCAAUAUAAAUUUUAAGCAUACCUCUCAAAACCCCUUUUGGCAUUUCGUGUUGGAACGCACACUAACCCGUAAUCUCCAGAUAUACACAUAUAUAUAUAUAUAAAUAUUUAUCAGCAAGUCAAGACCCAACUUAAGAUCCUGCAAAUAUCUAACUGUAUAUUUCGUUCAGCGCAAGGCUAUCGUCGAGCAUUAUGACUCAGCCGACUCAUUUAACACUUUGUACGUUUUUUGUGUUUUGUUUUACUUUUUUUUGACCAUUAUUAUUAUUAUUACGAUUUACGCAUUAUUAUCUUUUUGUUAUCGAACUUGAAGCAGAAACUUGUGCAUUAAUUGUUAUUUUUAUAUAAUAUUAUUAUUAUUAUUAUUAUUAUUUUGUCAUAAUUUUAAUUGUGGAGAGAAGAAAGAAGCAGUGCUGUUACUAACCCCUGCCUGGCGGUCAUCGGUUCAAGGAAUAAUAUAUGGAUAAUGGAUGAUAAUCCUCAGCUUCUAUACGACCCGGUGCCGUCGCUUACAUUGAUGAAUUACUGUAAUAAUAAACAUAUAUUCUAUGUACGUACGUGUAACGAGAACGAAACAUUUACUAACCGAUGGCAUUAUUGAAAAGGCCGCAAAAAGAAAUCAAGAUAAAAAAACAAG